AAUCCCUGAUUUUAGAAUCUGCUAGAUUUCCAGAAUCUUAGAAUUAUAAUCCCAACCAAACAUAGCCAUAGUUAGAACCAGAAAUUUUGGAGAGGUAUGUCUCAGAGGCGAAGCUGAGGACUUUCUGAAGCCAAUGCAGUUUCAAAUUGUGCGUGUUCACUGAGGAGUUUCAGUUUUUCAAAUUUAGAGGUCAUGAAUGUGCCUAUCAUUGACCCCUUGCAGGGAGAUUUUCCUGAAGUAAUUGAGGAAUUUCUGCAACAUGGGCUCAUGAAAUGCAUUGCCUUUAAUCGGCGAGGAACACUUCUGGCAGCUGGUUGCGCUGAUGGAAGUUGUGUAAUCUGGGAUUUUGAGACCAGGGGGAUAGCGAAGGAACUUCGAGACAAAGACUGUGUUGCUCCCAUUACAAGUGUUUGUUGGUCAAAGUAUGGACGACACAUUCUUGUGUCAGCUACCGACAAGUCCUUAACACUUUGGGAUGUUGUUAAUGGGGAAAAGAUAACUCGCAUGACUCUGCAGCAAAACACACUGCAUGCUCGCCUACAUCCAGGUUCCCAUACUUCUUCGGUCUGCCUGGCAUGCCCACUGUCAUCUGCUCCCAUCAUUGUUGACUUGAAUACUGGAAGCACAACUGUGCUGCCGGUUUCAGUCUCUGAUGCAGGCAAUGGAACUGUCCCUCCCUCACGCAAUAAGUUUUCAGAUGGGUCUUCUCCUUUCACUCCAACUGCUGCAUGCUUUAGCAAGUAUGGGGAUCUAAUUUAUGUGGGGAAUUCCAAAGGAGAAAUACUCAUAAUUGACUACAAGAACAUCCAAAUACAUGGAAUUGUUGCCAUUUCUGGGGCAGCUGUGAUUAAAAAUAUUGUAUUCAGUAGGAAUGGGCAGUAUCUUCUAACAAAUUCAAAUGAUCGCACAAUCAGGGUCUAUGAGAAUCGUUUGCCCCUGAAAGAUGGAGCUAGUGCUGUUGAUGACAUGUGCAAGAGCAUGGAUAAUGAGCUGCAGGGUAUUGAAAAGUUGAGGACUGUUGGGUCAAAGUGCUUAGUACUUUUCCGAGAGUUUCAGGAUUCAGUCACUAGGAUUCAAUGGAAAGCACCCUGCUUCAGUGGUGACGGUGAGUGGGUGGUUGGUGCUUCUGGUAGCAAAGGAGAGCACAAGAUCUAUAUAUGGGACAGAGCUGGGCAUCUGGUAAAGAUCCUUGAAGGUCCCAAAGAAGCCUUGACAGAUCUGGCAUGGCAUCCUGUGCAUCCAGUUGUGGUCUCAGUUUCCUUUUCUGGCUUGGUUUAUAUUUGGGCUAAAGAUUAUACUGAGAACUGGAGUGCAUUUGCUCCAGAUUUCAAGGAGCUGGAAGAAAAUGAAGAAUAUGUUGAAAGAGAAGAUGAAUUUGAUUUUAUGCCAGAAUCUGAAAAAGUAAAAGAAUCGGAUGUUAAUGAAGAUGACGAAGUUGAUAUCAUGACAGUGGAGAAGGAUUCAGCUUUCAGUGAUUCAGAUUUGUCACAGGAAGAACUCUGUUUCUUGCCAGCAGAUCCAUGUCCAGAUGCUGAGCAACAAGAUAAGUGUGUUGGAAGUUCAUCAAAGUUGGUGGAUAGCAAUCAUUGUGGAUCCCCUCCUUCUGAAGGGGCAGGACAGAAUGGUCAAGCAAUGCAGCCUGUGUCAAGUCCAGCAGAAGCCAUUGAUAAUUCUGUUGCAGAGGGUACAGGUGUGGCACACAUGAAAAGAAAGCGGAAGCCGUCAGAGAAAGGGUUGGAGUUGCAGGCCGAAAAGGGCAGAAAGCCCCUUACAAAGAUCAAAGCUUCUAGUAAGUCGUCAAAAGUUAAGAACAAGUCUAUUGUUGGGCAAGAUACAGAUCUCUCUGAAUUUGUGGACGAUGUAACUGAUGACUAUCAAUAGAUGAUUCCAACAGCUAUUUUAAUAUCCAAACUCUCA